AUGGGGCAGUGGCGGUCAGGGGGGGGGGGCACACUUGUUCAUCUAGCUGCCUGGCGGGCGAUUGCUCGGUUGGUUGGGGAAGCUUUGCCCUGUCGCCGUGCAGACGCCUGCCAGGCUCAUCGUGCUUCAAUCACAGCUGAACGAUCUGCGAGCCACACUCGCUUUCGACCGUCUGUCCUCUUUCACACAGAGACACCCGCCACCAUGUUGGAGGAUCUUCCCGUCGACGUGUGGUACCACAUCUUCCCACACCUCAGCUGUCGCGACAUGGCGGCGCUCACGUGCACCAGUCGACACCUACACAACAUGACCAGCCAAGUCCGCCAUCGAGCCUGGAUGUGGCAAGUCAAAUCUUUCUUUGAACCGAGCUCCUCCUUGCUCGAGAUUGUUCCCUUUCUCGACCUCGUCAGCUACCUUAGCUCCCACCACCUCCGCCAGCCGACCCUUGCGGGCUACUUGCCACUCUCUGAUAGCCCAAGCAGCAGCACCGGCAGCACCUACAGCACCGACAGUGCUGGCAACCCCCACCUCAAUCAGCACGCCUCGGGCCCCGGCCGACGCCACUCCCCCCCUCGGUCAGGCUCCAAUGGGGCCGACAGUCGACCGAUAAACUCAGCCGCCGCCGACACGGGCAUGGAUACAGACACGGACGCUCACGCGUACGCCCACACGGACACGGACACGGACACCGAAUCAGACCCGGAGACAGACCCAGAGACAGAAUCGGACGCUGACAAGGACAUGGAAACCAGGGCCGGCACAAGGCGACCCCCGGUCCACCUCAUCGCCGCCGAAUUUGAUGUCUUCAUCGCCCGCAUGGCUCGAGACGCUCCCCUCCAUGAUCUCCGUCUGCUCCUCGUGGCCGCUGCCAUCAACCACAUCCCCUUUAUGAAUCACGUCCUUAAAAGCACCGAACCCGCUCUUCUUCGCUGCCUGGAAGUUCAUGCCGCCUCCCUCGAGGCCGGCCGGCGCCGUCACCCCCUCCCCGUCGACCACGCCCGACUUCUCGUGCUCGAGGCGGCCGGUCGCAUCGCCUGCCGCCAAGGCCACGUUGGCCUCGCUCGAAACAUCCUUCGCAUCUGUCUCAAGUCCCGCCGCAUCCUCGCCCCAGGCAGUCGGCGCGCUCUCCUGUGGUACCUCGCCGCCUGCCGCAGUGGCUCCCUAGAACUCGUCACUGAUCUUGAGGAACCCUUGGGCAUUACCCAAGACAUGCUGGAGCAAUUCUGCCAAGAACGCUUUUCCAUGGGCUUUAGCCCGUACUGGCUCCAGGACAGCAAUCCCCGCGAAGCCUGCCCCCUCACCACCUCUGCCCCCGUCCUGGAUCACCUCCUCGUGGCUCAGAACCUCAUUGGCAAUGAUGAUGCUCGCCGAGGCCUACUCAUGGACGCCGUCCUGUCCUCCCCGCGCUCCGAUCACCUCGCUGCCCAUCUCAUCCAAGCCUAUCACCUCGCCGAACAGUUUGCCACCGUGCAACAAGCCACCGUUCCACAAAGCCGGCGCUCCUCCACAGACGCCAUUCGAGCACGAAACCUCCUCGGAUUUCCUGGUCAACGCCGCGCAUCACACGAGGGUCUGCAGAAUUUUGCCUUCGACGAGGAACAGGCCGAAGAGGCCCUCGCUGCCACGCUCCUACCUCCGCUCCCGCCCCACGGCCUCGCUCGACUAUUGCAGAGCCUGGCGCGCUUUGGCGACGUGGACUGCAUGGAACUCUUCAUCCAACACUACGGGUCAACAUUCACCGACAUCUUCCCUUCUAGUGCUGGCCACCUCUGGCGCGAAGCCAUGACCAUCGCUGAGGAUCAUGGCCACACUGACUUGUUCGCCAGCAUGGGCGAGCAGCCUUUGGCGCAGAAAAAUCUCCGCCGUGGCAGUCUGACCGCUACCCCUCGCCGCAACUCGGCACCGGUCCAGCUGAUGGCCCCUACAUCACGUCGUCCAAUCUCGCCCUUUGUUCUUCACGCCCCAUCUCGUGCGCGCCACCCUUCCCCCCUGAGAGCCAUGGGCAUGGUCCGCAUCUUCAAGCGUCGUCAAUCUCUCCUUUGA